AUGCCUGUUUCGCAACCGCUGUCGUUGAAUGAAGAUCCUGAAAUACGACGAACUCGCAAAGUUCUAUUGAUUAUAGUAGGCGUAUGUCUCGGUCUGGCCGUACUUGGUGUAGUUAGUUCGAUUGUCGGAAGUGAAGCUCCAAGUAAUACUCAGUACUCAACACGCGGUGCACAAAGUGGCCAAUCACUUAUUUCAGUUAUUUUUCUUAGCUUUGGAUGCUUAGUCGCUUAUAGAUAUUCUCCAACAGGUUUAAAAGUGUUUGCUUGGUUAAAUGUAGUUGGAUUGGUUAUUUUGGGUAUUGGCGUAAUCGUUUGUAUCUUCUUCGGUUUCGUAUCUUUAACUGUUGUGGCCUCAGCUGCCAAUGACCGUGGUCAGGGUAUUCAGGUUGGUGUAUCAAUAAUGGUUCUCUUAUUUGUGACUAUUAUUCUCAUCGCAGCUUUUAUUCUUCAAAUUGUGAUUAUGAAGCUUGCUUUCAAAUUGGCAAGACUUAUCGAAGCUAAAAAGUCUUUACCUCAUCAACAAAUCUAA